AUGGCCACGCCUACGGUAGAUGACCUUGAUGCGCUUCUCGCCUCCCUCUAUCAGCUCAAGCCGCCAGGAGCCAGCAAGACCAAGAUCGCGACCAUCACAACGCUAUGCGUGAACAACAUACAGGCCGAGUCGCCAAUCGCUCAGUCACUCUACCGCUCACUUAAGAAGGCGCCUGUGACGCACAAGCUCGGUGUAUUGUAUGUGAUCGAUAGCGUGGUGCGACAAUGGAUUGAGAAGGCAAAGGCAGCUGGCCAAGAUUUGAACCUGGAACGAAAAGGAGAAGCAGGCACAUAUUCUGCGGCCGUCAGACGCAUGACAGAGCUCAUGCCACCACUAUUUGACGACAUCAUGAGAGGCAUGCCUGCCGAGCAGAAGCCCAAGUUGGAGAAUAUGGUCACCAUUUGGGAGCGUGGAAGUACUUUCCCUGCGAAGAUGUUGGCCGACUUCAAGGCCAAACUCAGCGGCCAGCCAAAUCAGCCCACGCCUGCAAACGGUGUUUCUGCCAACAUGCAACAACUCUCGAUCAAACCUGGAGAGAAGUUUGCAGCGCCUAUUCCGACCAGGACGGUCAAUACACCUGUAGGCUUUCCUCCGCGACAGCUGUACGACUACGGAUUCUUACCUGGCAGAGCGGCGCCUCCUACUCAUGCAAACGGCACGUCUGGAUCUUCACAACAGUCCACCCCUAUGCAGGCCAACUUCUCCGCCCAGCAGUCGGUGCAGCAGCCUCAGCAUACACAAGCUGCGCCAUCAGCAGAUGUGAACAGCAUCCUCGCAGCACUCUCCAAAGCAGCACCACCCGCUGCUUCAACUCCUACUUUCCCAUCCGCAUCUCAGCCCGCCGCGGCGCCACCAGCUCUCCCUGCGGGCAUACCUCCACAACUGGCAGCUCUAUUCGGACAGCAAAUGCCUGCUCAGUCUACACCCACACAACAACCUCAGCAGCUACCAUACGGCUACUCGACACCAUCCGCACCACCAAUGCCUGCAGCAUACCCACAACCACCACCACCCUUCCCUGGCUACCCACCGCAACCGCCCCCUUCUAUUCCUCAAGCCUAUUCUGUUGCGCCGCCUCCACCACAGCAGUCUGAUCCCCUCAGCCAGUUGAGAGGUCUCCUUCCCGAAAACAUCCUCAACGACCGCCAGAAGUUGAUUCCAGCACUCCAACUUCUGCAAGACUUGCAAAAGGACGGGAUCCCACCCGACAAGUGGGGACCAGUGUUGAAGGCAUUUGAGGAACAGUACCAACCACAGCCAACUGCGCCCACCCCAGGUCCUGCGUACGGUGGUCAGGGCGACUAUGGCCGCAGCCGGGGACGUAGUAGAAGCCCCGAUAGAGGCCGUGGCGGUCGUGGCAGUCCUGUCUACGGCUCGUACGAUGCUGGUGCACGUGGCCCAGCAGAGGAGAAUCGUGAUCCUCGAGGAGGCCAGCAACGAGGACGGUAUCGACAGCGGUCUCCCGUUCGCGACAGCCCAUCCGCUGUCGCCAUGAAUGGAAGGCCUAUGCAGCCGAAGGUCAUCGAGUAUGACCCAUCACUUCCACCAAAUAACAUCAAGGUGCUCUCGCGUACACUCUUCGUAGGCGGCGCAAACGGCACCCAGCAGGAAAUUCAGGAUCUAUUCGAGCGGUUCGGGCGGGUUCAGACAUGCAUCGCGAACCGCGAUAAGCGCCACGCUUUCGUCAAGAUGACCUCUCGACAGUUCGCGCUCAACGCCAAAGCCGGCAUGGAGGAUCUCCAGAAUCGAAAUGACCGCGAAGUCAUGAACAUCGCACGUCAAACCAAGUGGGGUGUUGGCUUUGGCCCUCGCGAGUGCUGUGAUUACCAGCGAGGAGAAAGCAUCAUCCCAAUCCACAAGCUCACGGAGGCAGAUCUGAAGUGGCUGCUCACAGCUGAGUAUGGUGGAACUGGUGGAAAGCAGCUGGAGGGAGGGAUGGUUUUGGAAGAGCCGGACAUUGAAAUAGGAGCCGGCGUCAGCAGCAAGGCCAUGAGUAAGCGGGUCGGCCCUGACAAUGCGCCGCCUGCGAAGCGACACAGGGAAGACAGAGGCCGACACGGAAAGCACAAGGGUGGCCACGGCGGCGGCGGAGGAGGAGGUGGUGGCGGCGAUCAAGGCUACGGCGGAUACAGCGGCGUUUCUGGAGGGCCACCACCGAUGCCAAUGGAUCCGUAUCCUUACCCACGACCUGAGCCAGUUGCAGUUGCAACACCACCGGCCGUGCCGGGAUUCGGAUUCAAUCUGGGCUUGCCCACCAACGGGGGAAAUACGUAUCGAUAG